AUGGAGGAACCUGCCGGCAUAUCCAAAACUCAACAGGAUGGACAACUCGAAGCCACCACUCCUGCUCCGACUCUACGCUUCGCCUCAGCCGCCGAUGAGUCGUACGAACAAGACCUCGUCACAGAGGUACCCCCUCGCCAGUAUAGCAAGGGAAAAUCGGAGUACCUGGACAGCAGGCUCAGCCCGCAAAUGUCGAGGUCGUCGAAAUCAAUCCGCCUCGAGCCGCCACCGGUGGUGAUGCGCCCGCCCAAGGUCCGGUUCGACGGCUUUAGCUCGGCGGCGCUGUCGUGGUUUGCGUGGAACCGGAACGAGGAAAAAGACCUCCCGGACUGUGCCAGGUCCAUGCGUCGGUCCUACUCGUACCGGUCGACGUUCCGACUCUUCGGCUUCAGUGUGGUCAAGGACGUCAGCUUCAAGACCUCCGAGACCGGGAUCGACACCGCCAUGCACAAUGUUCGCCUGGGCUGGGGGAAGUCGGAAACGAGUUGGAUGCAUGACCUGCUACCACAGGCACGGCAAAGACUUGGCCUCUCCAAAAGCGGGCAGCCAGACGCACCAGACGAAGAGGCGAAUGACACCUUCAGCCAAGAUAACAGCAGUACCACGGCCGCGGUCGAGAACCAGAAGGCCGCGAAGGAACCCAAGCGCACGAUCCCGCGCAUUGCGCACCCGUGGCACCUCGACUACUAUUACGUGGUCGUCGGGAUCAUGGCCGACGAGAUCGCACCCAAGGAGACCUUGCGACGUGUCAUGGAGAUCGACGGACUAUUCAAGCAGAUCCGCAAAGCUCACCGAUACCUCAGAAACCCCAUACGGAGGGUGGUGUCUUUGAAAGAAGUCUCAGGCUUCGGCAUCUACCAGUGCGACCCCGGCAAGGGCUACCACAAAGAGGUGGAGCUGGACAGCGAGACCGAGAGCGCGCUGGCCGAGCUCUGGCGGAGCUACAACACACACCCAGUCGACUACGAGGGUCGCUGGCUGCUCUGGAUCCACCAGCACUUCAACAACAGCUCCAAGAACCCGCAGGACGGCACGCUGGCGCUGGAGCUGCGGCUACGCUGGUCCGUCUUCAAGGUCGUCUACUGGGGUGUCGUGCCCAUUGUGCUGAGCUUGGCCGUGGGCUUCUCGUACAUGUACGCUGACCACGGAGACGUUGACGACGUCGCCGUCGCAGAGGCCGCGUGGGUCAUUGCCACGUAUAUCAUCACGACGUCGGCGUUGAUCUUUGCACUUUUGGCCGUGAUCACGCAACUUGGGAAUAUCUGA